CGAAAAGAAAAAUAUAAAAAUCAUUUCAAACCGUGUCGUGCCGCGUUAGAAGUGAUUCGCUUGGUGUAAAAGUUGAUUUUUUGCAUUAUUCAAUAGUAAAAACCUUGUAAAAUAAUCAAAAUAUACAAUUUUCGAACAUUAGUUUCGUACUGGAAGUACUGGUGUAAUCGGAAAGUGCAUUUGCGGAGGAUUUUCCUGCCGAAAAGAGUUACGUUCUCCUCUCCCAACUCGCCUGCGGUGAAAAAUCCAAGAUGGCUUUCAACCAAAAGAAUCCUCCAUGGCAGCGAAAUGCCGGACAGAGCCUCGCCGGGAUGCAAACGAUUGUGAGUUUCCCCCAGGCGCAGCCGGUCUUCAAUCAGAGCAUGGGGCUUCAGCAACAACAAAACCUGUCGUUGAUCCCGCAAAUGGGUCUUCAGCAGCAGCAGAUCUACUCGCAAGCCGUUCAAUAUCCGACGUCUCGUGCGAUUAAUACGAUCGCCUUCCAAAACCAACCGCAAGCCCAACAGUCGGCUCAGGUCGGCCAGGGUUCUUCAAAGUUCAACCCGAAUCAGCGCGUGUUCAGCGGAACUGGCCACGUCACCAAGGUCCAAAAUGAUUUCGGUUUCAUCGACGAGGAAGUGUUCUUCCACAAGAACGUUUGCAAGGGCCUUUUUCCGAAGGUGGGCGAUCGCGUCCUGGUCGAAGCGGCCUACAAUCAAAACAUGCCCUUCAAAUGGAAUGCAACCAGAGUGCAAGUUCUCCAGUCCGCUUCAUCGAGCUCGGUCAACAGCAGCAGCUCCUCCAGGCAUGCUUCGAAUUACGGUUCGAGCCAAACGUCCAAUGCCGAUCGGUCUGGACGAAGCCGAUAUUCCCCGCGGAAAUCAUCGCCGGAUCGUCAUGGACAUCGAUCCUCGAAUCGCGACUCACGUCAUCGCGAUGCCGACGAUGACGACCGUCGCCGCCGUCGUGACGAUCGUGACAAUGAUCGACAUCGCGAGAAGCGUGAUCGUAGCUCGGAACGGGAUCGACGCGAUCGCGAGAGAAGCCCCGUGCGAAAGCUGUCUCCAAAACGCAGGAAGGUACGCCCAAUUCCUCGCUAUAUGGUGCAAAUGCCGAAGCAGCUGUUAACUCUCAAAUCCGUUGACAUUCUCGAGCUUCGGCGCCGUUAUCAUACUUUGUACAUCCCUUCGGACUUUUUCUCGUCCGAGGUACGCUGGGUGGAUGCAUUCCCGCCUAACGCGCCGUUCUCAAUUCGUAAACCGUGUGCAUUCCAUGUAAUGCACAAAGACGUGGAACCGUUGCAUCCCAACGAUGUCAACCUGGAACCGGCGGAUGCUGACUACCUCUACAGCGCCAAGGUGAUGUUGAUGGGCACACCUCCGCUGGCCGACUUUUACCAGAAGUGCUUUACCACUACUGAAGAUCGAGAGCGUCACGACGAGGAUCCCGAUCACGUCCACCCGACACGUCUGAUCAACUUCUUGGUGGGCAUUCGCGGCAAGAACGAAACCAUGGCUAUCGGAGGACCAUGGUCACCGUCAUUGGAUGGGGAAAAUCCACACUCCAAUCCGAAUGUGCUCAUCAAAACCGCAAUACGCACGUGCAAAGGACUGACCGGGAUUGAUCUCUCCAACUGCACUCGCUGGUACCGGUUCGUGGAGCUCUAUUAUCGUCGUUCAGAAACCUACCACAAGGGUCGUUUGAUUCCAGCACGUAUCGAAAUGGUGGUUAUCUUUCUGCCCGAUGUACGUUCCUGUCAACCAACGCGUCCGGAGUGGGAUGAGCUGCAUCUUAGUUACAAGUCGCACUUGGAGCGUAUUAUUAAUAGUCAGAAUUCCGAUAGUCCAGAUCCGGCAGAGUCUUCGUCAGCGGCAACUCAACAAACUUCACCAGAAGGCGAAAAAGUCGCUUCCUCUGAUACUAAGGCUUCGGCGGAUACUGCUGCUACCCCAACUACUAAUGCUGAUGCCGUUGCUGCUGAUGUUACUGGUACUUCUGCUGAUAACAGCGCUGCUGCAGCCGCCAAAACUUCAACCAACGAGAAAGCUGAUUCAACCGCCGUCAAGGAGGAAGCAGAGGCAGCAGAAGACAAUGAAAAGGAAGAUGCCGCCGAUGCCAGCGUAGAGCAAACCGACGCCCCAACUAGUGAUGCUCUGUUGGAUUUGAAGAAAAUGAAGGUCGCCGAGCUGAAGGCCGAACUCGUGGCUCGUAAUCUACCAACGGACGGUGUAAAGAAUACCCUCUGCACAAGAUUGGCCAAGGCUCUCAAGCAGGAAAAAGCAAACGCUGAAGGUAAAGAUGGCGAGGACAAAACCCCGAGUAAGGACAAGGAAGCCGAAAAGGCAACUGACGAAACGGAAGCCAAGCCGGAGUCAGAUAAACCUGCUGAAAAGGAAGACGAGGAAUUCGAAACAAUGGAUAACGUCGAUAUGUCCGAGGUAACCGUAAUUGACGAGUACGAUUCCAAGUCUGAAGAAAAGGCCAUUGAUGAGGCCAGUAAGAAACCGGAACCGACCAAGCUUACUGAAAAAGAACGUCAGCUCUUGGAGAAACGUUAUUCAUUGCCAGAGCAGCCCCAUAUUAUCGUUCAUCCAUCAAGAACGGCUAAAUCAGGUAAAUUUGAUUGCGCGGUUAUGUCACUGUCGGUUCUGUUGGACUACCGUCCAGAAGAUUCCAAAGAGCAUUCAUUCGAGGUGUCCUUGUUCGCGGAACUGUUCAAUGAAAUGUUGACUCGUGACUUUGGGUUCAACAUUUACAAAGCCCUUCAUAUGCUACCAUGUAAGAAGGAAGAUGAACCUAAAAAAGAGUCUACGACUGAAGAGGCGAAAGAAGAUGAUGACAAGAAGGUGAACGGUGAUGGAGCUAAAGAUAAAGAGAAGAGCACCGAAGAAAGCACAAAGUCAAAGGACGAUAAAGAUGAUAAAGAAAAAGAACGUGCUCGCGAUCGUGAUCGUGAUUCACGUAAGAGGUCUCGCUUUGACGACGCAUCUGAAGAGGAACGACGUCGCAAGGAGAAGGACAAAGAGAAGGAGAGGGAGCGGCUUAAAUAUUACACCGCAGAUCGCGAUCUUUUGCUAUCGUUUACCUACUUUGACAUAAGCCAUUGCGGUUAUAUAUUCGACAAAGAUGUUGAAGAUCUCUUCUAUACUCUUGGCUUGAAACUUUCUCGGUCCCAAAUUCGCAGACUGGUAAGCAAAGCUGUUACCAGGGAUUCACUCUACUAUCGUAAAUUGACGGACAAGGUCAAGGAAACCACUGAAGAUAACAAAGAAGUCAAUGAUAAGGAAAAGGAUGCGGAAGAGAAGGAACCAGCAACUGAAGGCACCGAAGAUGCUGGUACCGCUUCGGUAAAGGCAGAGAAAGCUGAAAUUGUUGAGCUAACCGAAGCCGAGCUAGAGGAACUUGCCACUGGUAAUUGCAACAUUGUGGAACAACUGAAAACUAAUCUUCAGAGUGUUCUUGCAAAUGAAGCAGCUGAAGGGACUGAUGAUCCUCCGGUUAAGAAGAUUAAACUCGAGCCUUUGAAAGAUGAAAGCGAUAUACCCGAGACCAACCAUGGUUUGGUGUUGCAUAACGGAGGUGUCCUCGACAUUCCCAAGCUUCUGGAACAAAUGAGGCGUACCGAGAAAGCACGCGAAGACACUGAACAGCUGUUGAUUGACCUGCGUCGGCAGAACACGGAUCUAACGAAAAGCCAAAGCCGUUCCAACGAGAGAGUUAAAGAUCAAGCCGCCGACAUUAAGAGUCUCACUCGCAAGCUUGUGGAUGCCGAGCAGAAUCUUCGCGAUAUAACGAAAAAGUCAAAUGAAUAUUUUUCGACUUUGUCCAACGUUUACGAUCGCGUUAGCGUUGUGAUGCAUCGUGCUGAUCCCAAGCGUUCUUCGUCGAUUUCUUCGUCACGACGUGGCAGCUCUCGCGAUCGCUCAAGCCGCAAGGAUGCUAAAUCAAAGGAUAAGGACCCAGAAUCGGCAAAGGAUUCCGUCGAUAAGUCGAAAGCGGAAGAAUCCAAGAAAUCAGACGAUUCUACCAGCAGCGAAGUAACGGUUCCUGGUAGCGAUUCGAAGGAAAGCAUCGACAGCGGCAACAAAAAGGCAGAGGACGCAACAGAGGAGAUCAAACCAGAGGACCAGAAAUCGGAUGAAGAAAAAAAGCAAGAGUAAUAACCAUUAAUAAAACUCAAUGACGUUCAUAUUGUUUGUAUUCACAUUUUUAUCAACUAAUCGAUCCUUACACCGAUGGCGUAAGGGGACGAUAAAAUUAAAGUGUUAUCAAUCAAUGUAAUUUCUAAUCCAGUUCAGUGUAGUAAGCCGAAUAAACGAUCUGCUUGAAGCAUUAAUUA